AUGCGACCGGCCACGGCGGGCGGCCCUCUGCGCGCGCUCCUCCUGCUGGCGCUGGCGCUGGCGCUGUCCCCGCCCGAGACCCACGCGCGACCGCGGGGGCGCAGAGCCGCGCGCGCCGAGAAGCCCAAGACCUCGCUCCCGUUUCCCGCGCCGGCGGCCGGCACCUCCCGCAGCGCAGAAAUAUUCCCAAGGGAUUUGAACUUGAAAGACAAAUUCAUAAAGCACUUCACAGGGCCGGUCACAUUCUCAGCUGAGUGCAGCAAGCAUUUCCACCGACUCUAUCACAAUACCAGGGACUGCUCAAUGCCAGCCUACUACAAAAGAUGUGCCAGAUUGCUCACGAGAUUGGCAGUGAGUCCGCUGUGCUCACAGACCUAGCGUACUUCCCCUGUGGGUGCAUCUCUUAAGGAUGUAAAUGCAAUUUGAAAUUAAAGUGCCUGGAAUCACAGCAAAUGUAAAAGAGAAAUGAAAGUUCUGCUGUGGGGUAUUAAUCUGAGUAAAUAAGAGACUUCCCAGAAGU